AGAUGCUGCGUCUACCCACAGUGAUGAGACAGAUGAGGCCAGUCAGCAGGGCCCUGGCCCCCCACCUCACCCGGGCCUACGCCAAGGACGUCAAGUUUGGAGCCGAUGCUCGGGCCAUGAUGCUGAAGGGAGUGGAUCUGCUGGCUGAUGCUGUCGCCGUCACCAUGGGACCCAAGGUAGGAGAGGAAGGAGUUACUAUGACCACAGGUUCUGGUAUUGUGGUGCCAAAUAAAAUAAACAAUUCUGUACGAUUUUUAAAUUUCACCCUGAUUUCAUGGAAUGUACGAAACUGCUAUGUAAAACCAAUCCAUUAGUGUUCCACUUUUCAUUUGAAUCUAAUUUCCACCCGAAGAACCCUGUGCACCACAGUGUCUUGUUCCAGGUGCUGUUUCUGGCAGGAACAACUGAACACCAGUGUUACAAGUGUUUUGAGCUGUACCCUUUCCCCCUCCCUUCCUGCAGGGUCGCACAGUCAUCAUCGAGCAGAGCUGGGGCAGCCCCAAGGUGACCAAGGACGGCGUCACUGUAGCCAAAGCCAUCGACCUGAAGUGCAAGUACCAGAACAUUGGUGCCAAGCUGGUCCAGGACGUGGCCAACAACACGAAUGAGGAAGCAGGAGAUGGCACCACCACCGCCACCGUGCUGGCCAGAGCUAUUGCCAAGGAGGGCUUUGACAGCAUCAGUAAAGGAGCUAACCCUGUGGAGAUCCGCCGUGGUGUCAUGCUGGCUGUGGAGACCGUCAUCAAUGAGCUGAAGAGGAUGUCCAAGCCAGUCACCACCCCUGAGGAGAUUGCCCAGGUAACCAAUUCUGUUAAGAAUAUUGAUUGAUCAAAUAAGUCAAUAUUCUUAUAAAUUCAUAUCUAUUCAAUUGAUGCAAAUCAUUCUUGAUUUGAGACAGAUGCAAUAUCUAUAUGUAUAUUCUACUUUAUAUAUUAAGAGAACCUUUUUGAUGGUGAAUGUAACGUUUUCAAUGCUUUCUGUUCUGUCUGCUAGGUGGCCACCAUCUCUGCUAAUGGAGACGUGGAGAUCGGCACCAUCAUCUCCAACGCCAUGAAGAAAGUGGGCCGUAAGGGAGUCAUCACUGUCAAGGAUGGCAAAACCCUUUAUGAUGAGCUUGAGAUCAUUGAGGGGCUGAAGUUCGACCGCGGAUACAUCUCCCCUUACUUCAUCAACACAGCCAAAGGUAAGGUCCCCUGUCUGCCAUGACCCUACCACCAAUCCCAUCUUCUGCUAUUUUGGGGCUUUAAGAUUAAAAGGAACUCCAGCACACUGAUGAUCUUGAUGCUCUACAGAUUUAAUGGGUUUUUAUGAUCUUGAUGCUCCACAUUUGGCCAUUUUGGAGCUUUUACAUGAACCCUCUCCCUCAUCUCUGCCCCUCAGGCCAGAAGUGUGAGUUCCAGGAUGCCUAUGUGUUGCUGAGCGAGAAGAAAAUCUCCACUGUCCAGAGCAUCGUCCCUGCCCUGGAAUUGGCCAACCAGCACCGCAAACCUCUGGUCAUCGUGGCUGAGGAUGUGGAUGGAGAGGCCCUCAGCACCCUGGUCCUCAACAGGUCAGUUCCCUGUGCCUUUAGCACCCUGUGUCUCAGAGUAGCAGUUCUGAUCUGGGAUCAGUUUGGGCUUUUUUUGUAAUUCAUCUUGUUCUGGAGGCAGCUCUGCAGAGUGGUCACUAGCUGGCACAGCCACAGUCAUAAAAUCUGAUUUUAAAUCUAACCUUAUCCACAUUGCUAACCCUAAUGCCUGACCUUAAAUUAAGAUUUUUGUUUUCAUGAAUUAUUACAAUAUAGCCAGUUUUCACUUUGCAGCUGGCCUAUCUAAGGGGAGAUCGCUCAGUUCUGCCUCCAGGACAAGACUCAAGACAAUAAACGUCAACCUGCAAAUUCAUCACGAACCCUCUUAUUAAUCAGAACACAACUUGAGUGAGAUAAAAAUAGGAUACAAGGAGUUUUACUAUGACUUCAACAGUGCACGGCCAGACAAACCAAAUCUCGGGCACUGGGAAGGAACAUUUUUAAAGGGCCAACUUUUGGCAUCGGAAACAUCUUUGCAGUUUAAGCUAAUUUCCUGCAAUACUACACAUUUUGCCAUGAGGCUGAUAAUUUUGCAGUUUUAAAGCUUAAAUUACAGUGCAUUCAUGCAAACACAUUUUGGGGGAAUACAAGACGUAUUGAAUUGAAAAAUGUAUAAUUGGUGGAGUACUCUGGUUACCAGUAUCCCUGUAGGCCUCCCAGUCCCAUGUUGCCCAGGGUUAAGAAAUUGUAUAGAUUCCCAAUAUUUUAUUACACACUCUAAACGUAUUCCGCGGAUCCCACUUUGAGAGCCUGUGUUAUAUUAACCACCACUCUUUCUUUAGGCUGAAGGUGGGACUGCAGGUGGUGGCAGUCAAGGCCCCAGGCUUUGGAGACAACAGGAAGGCCCAGCUGCAUGACAUGGCCGUCGCCACCGGGGGCACUGUAAGAUUACUUUUACAAUAGAACCACCCCAUGGUUACAUUAGUCUAUCAUUACUGUAAGAAAACUUUUACACCAACCACCCCAUACUUGCAUCAGUCCAUUUCGAUUUGAGAAAACAAAUUGUAAAGCAGGAUGUUACAGUGCAGUUCUGUCAUUCCCCCUUCCACACAGAAACAUGUCUCCUACUAUCCUUGUCUGACUGCAUGCCAGGCAGGGACGCCUGGUCUGACACUUCUACACUGGCAUGAUUUGUCAAUUAAUAGAGUUUGUGUAGUCUUGCUUAUCCCAUGGUUGAGGCUUUAACUUGGCCCUGUUCUAAUAUUGGACAGAACAGCACUGCAACUUAUCCUGCUUUACAAUCUGUUCCACUUAAUUUCUACCAGCAUGUUAAAUGUGCAACCAGUGGGGAAAAUAACUCUAGACCACCUUUACUCCACACACAGAGACGCGUACAAAGGUCUCCCUCACCCUCUAUUUGGCAAAUCUGACCACAACUCUAUCCUCCUGAUUCCUGCUUUAUAAGCAAAAACUAAAGCAGGAAGCACCAGUGACUCGGUUAAUAAGGAAGUUGUCAGAUGACGCAGAUGCUAAGCUACAGGACUGUUUUGCUAGCACAGACUGGACUAUGUUCCGGGAUUCUUCCGGAUAGCAUUGAGGAGUAUACCACAUCAGUCACUGGCUUCAUCAAUAAGUGUAUAGUGGAUGUCGUCCCCACAGUGACGUACAUACAAUACCGUUCAAAAGUUUGGGGUCCCUUAGAAAUGUCCUUGUUUUUGAAAGAAAAGCAAUUUUUUUUUGUCCAUUAAAAUAACAUCAAAUUGAUCCGAAAUACAGUGUAGACAUUGUUAAUGUUGUAAAUGGCUAUUGUAGCUGGAAACGGCUGAUUUUUAAUGGAAUAUCUACAUAGGCGUAGAGGCCCAUUAUCAGCAACCAUCAGCCCUGUGUUCCAAUGGCACGUUGUGUUUGCUAAUCCAAGUUUAUCAUUUUAAAAGGCUAAUUGAUCAUUAGAAAACCCUUUUGCAAUCAUGUUAGCACAGCUGAAAACUGUUGUGCUGAUUAAAGAGGCAAUAAAACUGGCCUUCUUGAGACUAGUUGAGGAUCUGGAGCAUCAGCAAUUGUGGGUUCGAUUACAGGCUCAAAAUGGCCAGAAACAAAAACUUUCUUCUGAAACUUGUCAGUCUAUUCUUGUUCUGAGAAAUGAAGGCUAUUCCAUGCGAGAAAUUGCCAAGAAACUGAAGAUCUCGUACAACGCUGUGUACUACCCCCUUCACAGAACAGCGCAAACUGGCUCUAACCAGAAUAGAAAGAGGAGUGGGAGGCCCCGGUGCACAACUGAGCAAGAGGACAAAUACAUCACAGUGUCUAGUUUGAGAAACAGGCGCCUCACAGGUCCUCAACUGGCAGCUUCAUUAAAUAGUACCCGCAAAACACCAGUCUCAACGUCAACAGUGAAGAUGCUGACCUUCUUGGCAGAGUUGCAAAGAAAAAGCCAUAUCUCAGACUGCCCAUCUUAAUCUUUUAUUUUUAUUGGCCAGUCUGAGAUAUGGCUUUUUCUUUGUACAUACUCCAACCAGAAGCCAUGGAUUACAGGCAACAUCCGCACUGAGCUAAAGGGUAGAGCUGCCGCUUUCAAGGAGCGGGACUCUAACCCGGAUGCUUAUAAGAAAUCCCGUUAUGCCCUCCGAACCAUCAAACAGGCAAAGAGUCAAUACAGGACUAAGAUUACCAGGACGUGUACUCCGAGCAUGCGCUGACCAACUGGCAAAUGUCUUCACUGACAUUUUCAACAUGUCCCUGACUGAGUCUGUAAUACCAACAUGUUUCAAGCAGACCACCAUAGUCCCUGUGCCCAAGAACACUAAAAUAAGCUGCCUAAAUGACUACCGACCCGUAGCACUCACGUCUGUAGCCAUUAAGUGCUUUGAAAGGCUGGUCAUGGCUCACAUCAACACCAUUAUCCCAGAAACCCUAGACCCACUACAAUUUGCAUACCGCCCCAACAGAUCCACAGAUGAUGCAAUCUCUAUUGCACUCCACACUGCCCUUCCCACCUGGACAAGAGGAACAUCUACAUGAGAAUGCUAUUCAUUGACUACAGCUCAGCGCCAUAGUGCCCUCAAAGCUCAUCAAUAAGAUAAGGACCCUGGGACUAAACACCUCCCUCUGCAACUGGAUCCUGGACUUCCUGACGGGCUGCCCCCAGGUGGUAAGUGUAGGUAACAACACAUCUGCCACGCUGAUCCUCAACACGGGGGCCCUCAGGGGUGUGUGCUCAGUCCCCUACUGUACUCCCUGUUCACCCAUGACUGCAUGGCCAGGCACGACUCCAACACCAUCAUUAACUUUGCCAACAACACAACAGUGGUAGGCCUGUAGGGAGGAGGUCAGAGACCUGGCUGUGUAGUGCCAGGAUAACAACCUCUCCCUCAACAUGAUCAAGACAAAGGAGAUGAUUGUGGACUACAGGGGGAAAAAGAGGACUGAGCACGCCCCCAUUCUCAUCGACAGGAAAAAGAGGACUGAGCACGCCCCCAUUCUCAUCGACAGGGCUGUAGUGGAACAGGUUGAGAGCUUCAAGUUCCUUGGUGUCCACCUCGCCAACCAACUAUCAUGGUCCAAACACACCAAGACAGUCGUGAAGAGGGCACGACAAAGCCUAUUCCCCCUCAGGAGACUGAAAAGAUUUGGCAUGGGUCCUCAGAUCCUCAAAGUUCUACAGCUGCACCAUCGAGAGCAUCCUGACUGGUUGCAUCACCGCCUGGUAUGGCAACUGCUCGCCCCCCCCCCCCCCCCCCCCUCGCUUUUACGCUGCUGCUACUCUGUUUAUUAUCUAUGCAUAGUCACUUUAACUCUACCCACAUGUACAUAUUACCUCGACUAACCGGUGCCCCCGCACAUUGACUCUGUACCGGUAACCCCUGUAUAUAGCCUCCCUGCUGCUCUUUAAUUAUUUGCUUUUUUUCUUAACUGCAUUGUUGGUUAAGGGCUUGUAAGUAAGCAUUUCACUGUUGUAUUCGGCGCAUGUGACAAAUUCAAAUUUUAUUUGAAAGUGCACCGUCCAUGCCACUCUUGAAAGAUGGAUGCCAUUUUUAAAUGUUCAAUUAGGACCAAUGUAUACCAGUUCAAAUCCUGCCAUUUACUGACAUCCCUCUUCCUUCUCUUCCUUAGGUGUUUGGUGAUGAGGCGGUGGGCAUUGCCCUGGAGGACAUCCAGGCCCAUGACUUUGGCAAGGUUGGCGAGGUGUCCGUCACCAAGGACGACACCAUGCUGCUGAAGGGGAAGGGAGACACUGCGGCCAUCGAGAAGCGCCAGGCAGAGAUCAUUGAGCAGCUGGAGAACACCACUAGCGACUACGAGAAGGAGAAGCUCAACGAGAGGCUGGCCAAGCUGUCUGACGGAGUGGCUGUGCUCAAGGUCAGUCAGGGCAGGGGUCAAGGGGGAGUGGGUCAGAGGGGAAGGGGUCAGCAGCUGCAUGGAGGGGGACAUAUGAUCGUAGAGGGAAAUUGAUUUGAUUACUUUUUGUCCUUUUAAUGUCCCUGAAUAUUGUCCAGUUUUAGUCUAGGCAAAUGAAAUUAGGUAGGAUGAGUUAAAAUUAGGAGAUUCCUACUCUAAGACAAGAUUUACAGUUGCCAUGCAUGGCAGAGAAAGCGAGUGUCGCUGACUGUUCUGUUCCAGGUAGGAGGAACGAGUGAUGUGGAGGUGAACGAGAAGAAGGACCGUGUGAACGACGCCCUGAAUGCCACCAGGGCCGCUGUGGAGGAGGGCAUCGUGCCCGGGGGUGGCUGUGCCCUGCUGCGCUCCAUCCCUGCUCUGGAUGCACUCGUGCCCAUUAACACUGACCAGAAGAUUGGUAAGUAGAGUUCCUACUCUGGAUCUUUUUACAUUUUUUAAUUUCAUUUAACCUUUAUUUAACUAGGCAAGUCAGUUAAGAACACAUUCUUAUUUACAAUGACGGCCUACACCGGCCAAACCCGGACGACACUGGGCCAAUUGUGCGCCGCCCUAUGGGACUCUCAAUCACGGCCGGUUGUGAUACAGCCUGGACAUCUGCUAAAUGACAAAAAAAAAAAUAAUAGAACCGGGGGUCUGUAGUGACGCCUCAAGCACUGAGAUGCAGUGCCUUAGACCUCUGCGCCACUCGGGAGCCCAUCUUAACCUAACAUGCCAAUAGGUUUUAAUUUGGGCUGUAAAGUUGGACACAUGGGAGUGGUGGGAUAUGUAAAAAUGUAUUUCAAACUUCUGGUCAUAAGUAUUGUAGCUUAACUUGGUGUAUCACUUCCUCUGUCUCCAUAGGAAUUGACAUCAUUAGACGAGCCCUGCGUGUGCCAGCCAUGACCAUUGCGAAGAACGCAGGUGUGGAGGGCUCUCUAGUGGUAGAGAAGAUCCUUCAGGCCGCGGGGGAGAUUGGAUACGAUGCCAUGGAGGGAGAGUACGUCAACAUGGUAGAGAAGGGCAUCAUCGACCCCACCAAGGUAUGGAUGCUUCAGCUCGGCACUACACUGUCGUUUCACUAUCGUUCACCCAGCACACAAAAUAUAAAGACAGGUUCAUUUUUAGUGAUUGGAAAUGUACAGCAGUAAUGUUUGCAAAAGUUAUUUGAAUUCAUACAAGAUUGUAUUGGAUACAAGCGCUCAUUGUGCAAAUGUGUCUGUUUUUAAUAAACAGUUGGAGACUAAAUGUAGUUUACAUGUUGUCAAAUCUAAGCCAACCCUUUGUUUUGCCCCAUAGUUGCACACACGUCUGUUUUGUUGCUAAGCAACCAACCCAUCUAAAAAAAAAAAAUUCUACUCACAUUAUGGUGUAUGCCAGGGUUCUUCAAUUCCGGUCCUGGAGGGCCAAAACACUUCUGUUUAUUAUUUCUACCUGGCAGUUAAUUGCACUCACCUGGUGUCCCAGGUCUGAAUUAGCCCCUGAUUAGAAGGAGAGGAUGAAAAACAGAGAUGGCUCGGCCCUCCAGGACCGGAAUUGAAGAACUCUGGUGUAUGCUUUGGCUAGACUGACAUGGCAUAGACAGAAGUUGGCUGAUAGUGGUAUCACAUGUUCUCUGCUGAUUUUGCUCCCUUUGCCAGAGAAUGUCUGUAUUACAACAAUGACUGAGUGUCUGUCUCCCCCUACAGGUGGUAAGGACUGCACUAAUGGAUGCUGCAGGUGUUGCUUCUCUGCUCUCCACCGCCGAGUGUGUGGUCACAGAGCUGCCCAAGGAUGAGAAGGAGGGUGGCAUGCCAGGGGGCAUGGGAGGUAUGGGAGGUAUGGGAGGUAUGGGAGGCAUGGGCGGUGGCAUGUUCUAAGGCUCACCUCAAAGUGCUGUUUAGACUUAAUGGCAGCGUGGGGCUAGGGGGCAAAUUGUCCCUCCAACCCCCAGACCUGCCCAAACAGACUGGCCAUGAGUUUGUUGGAGCUGCAAAUGGAUAAACCCUACUACUUCUGCUGAUUGUCUCCCCUCCACCCACUCUGUAAAACCGGACCAGCCUCGCCUGUCCUCGCCCAGCCUUACUCCGUCCCUCUACCCACACCUGACUGAGGCUCUGACAGACCUCCCCUCCUCUGUUUACCUCAAACAUAGCAGUCUCAUCAUCC